CUCGCGGUCGCCGUUGAUCUCGCCGGCGGCGGCGCAGGCCUGCUUGCUGCGAAUAGGUAUUUUCUUUGUUUUGCUGAAGCUUGGGGUUAGAUUUGCUACGAGAUUGGGUAUUUUUCCAAAUAAACCCAUCAAACUUUCAACAGAUGGUGAGCGUCUUAGCAGGGGUGAUGGCAUCUGUCAUCACCAAACUCACUGCCCUGCUUGGGGAGGAGUACACAAAACUGAAGGGUGUACGCAGAGAGGUGGAGUUCAUGAAAGAUGAGCUGAGCAGCAUGAACGCGCUCCUUCAUAGGCUGGCAGAGGUAGACUGCGAUCUUGAUGUGCAGAAGAAGGAAUGGAGGAACCAAGUUCGGGAGAUGUCUUAUGACAUUGAGGAUUGCAUCGAUGACUUUAUGAAAAACCUUGGUCAAACUGACAUGGCUAAGGCUGGAGGGUUGGUACAAAGUUUGGUCCAGCAGCUCAAGGCACUAAGGGCGCGCCAUCAAAUCUCCAGCCAAAUCCAGGGGCUCAAGGCACGUGUUGAAGAUGCAAGCAAACGACGUAUGAGGUAUAAGCUCGAUGAGCGCACCUUCGAGCCUAGCAUUUCCAGGGCCAUUGACCCUCGUUUGCCUUCGCUCUACGCUGAGUCAGAUGGGCUUGUUGGUAUUGACAAGCCACGAGAUCAGCUAAUCAAGUGGCUAAUGGAGGGAGUUGAUCCAUCGGUGCAGCAGCUAAAGGUGAUAUCCAUUGUGGGUCCUGGGGGUCUCGGUAAAACUACACUUGCGAAUGAGGUGUACCGUAAACUGGAGGGCAAGUUCCAGUGUCGAGCUUUUGUUUCUUUGUCACAACAGCCUGAUGUGAAGAAGAUCCUGAGAAGUAUACUCUCUCAAGUCAGCCAGCAAGAGUAUGCUAACAUAGAUAUCUGGGACGAGGAAAAGCUAAUCAAUGCAAUCCGAGAAUUUCUGAAGAACAAAAGGUACUUUGUCAUCAUUGAUGAUAUUUGGAGUAGUCAAGCAUGGAAGAUUAUCAAAUGUGCUUUGUUUCCGAAUAAUGUUGGAAGCAAAAUAAUGACGACAACUCGCAAUAUUACUAUAGCCAAGUCAUGUUGCUCUCCUCACCAUGAUCAUGUCUAUGAAAUAGCGCCUCUUACUGCAUCUAACUCCAUGAGUUUAUUUGUGAGACGUAUAUUUGGCUCGGGAGAUAUGUGCCCUCCUCAAUUGGAAGAAGUAUCCUCUCAAAUAUUAAAAAAAUGUGGUGGUUCACCAUUGGCGAUUAUUACAGUAGCUAGCUUAUUGGCUAAUAAAGCUAGUACAAAUGAAGAAUGGGACAGAGUAUAUAAUUCAAUUGGUUUGACACUGGAAAAGGAUGCCAGUGUAGAAGAGAUGAGAAGGAUAUUAUCCCUCAGCUAUGAUGAUCUUCCCCACCAUUUGAAGACAUGCUUACUGUACCUGAGUAUAUUUCCAGAAGACUAUGAAAUUCAGAGGGAUCGAUUGAUAAGGAGGUGGAUUGCUGAAGGAUUUAUUAAUACAGAGGGUGGACAAGAUUUGGAGGAAAUAGCAGAGCGUUAUUUUAAUGACCUUAUCAAUAGAAGUAUGAUUCAGCCAGUGAAAAUUCAGUUUGAUGGUCGAGUUGAUUCAUGCCGAGUCCAUGAUAUGAUUCUUGAUCUCCUUAUAUCCAAGUCAGUUGAAGAAAACUUUGCCACCUUCGUUGGUGGCCAAAAUCAGAAAUUACUGCUGCAACAUAAGAUUCGUAGAUUAUCUCUUAACUGUUAUUCCCAAGAGCAUGUCAUAGUUCCACCAACAGCGAUCAUAUCCCAUUGUCGGUCGCUCAGUAUUUUUGGGUAUGCUGAACAGAUGCCCUCUCUUUCAAAGUUUCCAGUUCUCCGAGUACUUGACAUAGAAAAUGGCGAGGAGAUGGAAAGCAGUUAUAUUGAACAUGUAUGGAAGCUUUGGCAGUUGAAAUAUCUGCGACUCGAUGUUAGAACCAUUUCUGCAUUCCCUGAACAAUUAGGCGAACUACAGAAUUUACAGACUCUGGAUAUAAGAUGGACAAAGAUAAGAAAACUGCCCAAAAACAUUGUUCAGCUACAAAAUUUGACAUGUUUGCGUGUUCACAGUCUGGAAUUACCUGAAGGAGUUGGGAAUCUGCAUGCUUUGCAGGAGCUUAGAGAGAUCAAAGUCAGGUGGGACAGUUCGGCAUCUUCUUUGCUGGAGCUGGGCAGACUGACAAAAUUGAGGAUUCUUGGGCUGCGCUGGUGCAUCAUUAAUACACACAGUAACAAAGAAGCUUUUGUGGAGAACUUGGUCUCGUCGCUCUGUAAACUUGGCAGGCUCAACCUUCGGUCUCUAUGCAUUCGGAGUGAUUAUGGUUAUUCCAUUCCUUUAAAAGAAAUGUAUGGUUAUUCCAUAGAUUUCUUGUUGGACUCUUGGUUCCCGUCCCCUAAUCUCCUCCAGAAGUUCCAGAUGGACGCCUACUAUUUCUUUCCCAGGGUUCCAGCUUGGAUUCCGUCACUUGAGAACCUGACAUGCCUAGAUAUCAAUAUUAACCCAGUAAAAGAGGAAACAUUAGAGAUCCUUGGAGCGCUACCUGCUUUGCUGUUUCUCUGGUUGUCAUCAGAAUCAGCUGCUCCCAAACAAAGACUCGUCAUAAGCAGCAACAUGUUCACGUGCUUGAAGGAGCUCCGCUUCACCUGCUGGAACAAUGGGGAAGGCCUGAUGUUUGAAGCUGGGGCCAUGCCCAGCCUUGAGAAGUUGGAGGUUCCCUUAGACGCAGGAAGGAAUCUUGAUUUUGGCAUCCAACACCUCUCUUCCCUUACCCAUGUUAUUGUCAAGAUCAUUUGCACUGGUGCCACGGUUCAGGAGGUGGAGGCGUCGGAGGAUGCCAUCAGGAAUACAGCCACUCUCCUUCCGAACCAGCCCUCACUGGAAAUCCGAAGCUGGGGUGAGGAAAUAUGGUGAAGGAGGGCCAAGGCAAGGUUGAGAGGAGAUCCAGAGAAGUGGAUGAAAAUUAGUCAGCAGUAUAUGGUUAUGUCGAUUACCUUGUUGUCCUUCCUGCCUUCCUAUAGAGCAGGGUGUGCUUCGUCGGUGCAAUAGUCUGGUCAGCUAGCAAAUUUCAGUAUUUUUAUAAAACAAAAUCCAGUAGUCAUGCCAUUCCUACAUCUGGACGUAGCAGAUAAAUCUAGUCACAUAUUUGGUUGUAGCAGUGGUAUCGA